AUGCUGCCUGAGAUGCUGGCCUCUACUCGGCACUUUGAUAGCGAUGUACAGCGGCUGCGGGGCAUUCUGUGCAAAGUGGUGCCGGCGGAGCUCCUAAACAAGGAGUGCGAUGAGAAAUUGGACGCGGCUGACAUAGAUCAGCUGCUGAAGGACUCCGAAGAGAUCAAAACCGCCUUGGACUCCAUUUUUUUCAAGUUUGGCACGCACGUGUGUCCACAGGUGGUGCUUGGAGGUUGGUGGCGUUUGGCAGCCAGCUACCGUAGCGUUUCCAAGCAGAAGCAGGUGGACAAAAGCAAUAUUUUGACUCAGGCACUGAACGAUGCGGAGGCCAAGGCAAGCUUCGCGAAGGCUUCCGUGUCGGGAAGCUUUGGUGGUUUUUCGGGCUCGGCUGCAGUCGAAGGCCACAAAACUGCUACCGAAGCGGCGGAAACAAGCAAGACAAAUUCCAACCGGGACGUCAAGAAGGACGCAUACAGCGAAGCCCACAUCGAGGUGUCACAAGCGUGGAGAGGUGGCGCGUCGGGUACGCCUCCUGUAGACUGGCGACGGAGUUUGGAUGACACAAUGAAUUCCAACUGGCGAGUCAUUGAUCGCGAAUUCAGCAGAUGCGUGGGGGUGUGGUCCUGGGCCAACAGUGACGAUCUGAAUCUGUACGGUGUGGCAUGUAACACGAAUGACUGCAUUUCCAGAGCAGUUUGCCCCUUCGGCUAUGCCCUCACGGACUGCAAGGCCACGGACAAGAACUCCAACGGUGUCAGGAUUGGAUCCAACUUUUGCGAUGCGAUCGGUGAAACCGGUGGAAACUUGGUUAAGGCCGAAGCCACGUGUUCACGCACCAAGAGCACAGUCGUGGUGACAAGAGACAACCCAAAUCAUGGUCAAUUCUUCGAUCCAGGAGACAGCAACUCUCCUUUUUCCUUGGAAUGCCCAGCCGGCAGCUCGACCAUUCUGUUAACGUGCUUCUCGCCGUGGGAUGUGUGCAAACAAGUUGCUGACUAUGACGACCAGGGGCGCGUCCCGACAGCUUCUGGUUUUGUCGUGGAGCCAUUUGGUGAAGUUUUUGACUCGUACAGGGAGACUGGUAAAACUAAGGGAGUGCACCUGAACGCUCUCUGUGAAAUAACAGCAGGGUCCGUUGACGACGAAGACUCCACCAUCCGAGUCACGGGUCAGGCAUGUUUAGGAAGGAAGUGUGCCCACAGAAAUUUCGCUGCAACGUGUGGAUCAGCUUAUGCGGUCAUAGGCUGCGAAGUCACUCAAGGCGCUGAUUUUGGAGAGGGGCUGGGGCUCCGCAUCGAAGGCAAGACGUGCGUUGGUUUCGUAACUGACAAGGGUCCUGGCCUGAACAAAUGGUACCAAGUUACAGCCAUUUGCUCGGCCAAGCGCUACACGUAUGAGAUAUAUGCCCUUAGAGUCGAUACCUACAAAGCAACUGGAGUUACGCUUCAUUCGAAAUGCGUGGACGACAGAGGUGUUGACUCGUUCGUCCUGCAGUGCUUUUGCCAUUCACCAUGGGGGCAUUGCCAAGAUGCGGGUGUGUCGCCUUCUUUUGCGCCGACAACCUGGAAAGAAUGCGAACUCAAGACGGCCCUGCAAGCUGACGGAGCCAACACAGGCAUCAACAUCCAGGCGCUUUGCGAGAGGAGCCACUAA